GCCACUUCCGGGAGCGCUACAAAAGUCUCGGAGGCUGACAGGGCUCUCGCAGCGGUUGGUCUGGCCGGGAAGUGUUGACCCCCUAUGACACAGGGGGUAAGUUGACCCCUACCGCCCCAGGCCGUGGCGGUACCUCUGCUGGAAUAGAAAAGCAAUGCUUUGAAGCUGUGUAUUGGAGAGAGCCUACAAGAGAGCUGAUUGGCAAUGGUUCGUAGUAACCAUUGAAAAAGUGGUGGGCUCCACCUGAAGCAGAUUGCAUACUACAAGCGAACAGGGGAAUAUCAUUCCACAAUAUUAUCAAGCGAAAGAAGCGGAAUCAGGAGAGCAGCCAAAAAAUUUGUUCUCAAAGAUGAAGAGAAGACAAAGGUUCUCGAGGAAUGGCACAGAAAUGCUGCUGGCACUCGUCAUGGUAUAUCAAGGACACUGACUUUAGUGGAGUCUAAUUACUACUGGACCUCUGUAACAAAUGAUGUCAAAGAGUGGGUCUAUGCUUGCCAGCACUGCCAGGCAGCAAAGAACACAACCACCACAGUGCCCAAAUACCCUAUCAAAGCACAGGACCCAUGGACAGCAGUCACUAUAGAGCUAUUGGGACCUUUCAAUAUUACCAACAGAAGUCAUAAAUACAUCAUAAUGAUGACAGAUGUGUUCACAAGAUGGACUGUUAUCUUACCACUGCAUGACACUUCAGCUGAAAUUGCUAAGGCAAUCAUAAAUGUGUUUUUCUUAUAUGGACCACCUCAGAAGAUGCCUAUUGAUCAAGAGAAGGAGCUUGUUUAUCAGACAAAUGAAGAACUGUUUGUACUGUUUGGAAUGAAACAAAUUGUACUGUCUUACCCUCAGACAGAUGAUGUAAAUGAAGGAAUAUCCAAGACAAUCAAAACUUUUCUUAACAAGUACUGCAUCGACCAUCCAAAUGAUUGGGAUGAACAUUUGUCUGCUAUUGCUUAUGCUUUUAAUUUGACAAAUUCGGAACCAGAUCUAAACACCCCAUAUUUCCAAAUGUUUAACCGUAACCCAUAUGGUGUUGAGCCCAUGAAUAUAUGUGUGGAAGGAGAAUAUAGUAUUUUUACCAAAAUACUUGAAGCAACUAAAACAGUCAGUCAACCACUGGAAGAAGAGAAAACCUCAGAUUGCCAGAUGCAUAAGAAAACUGCAGAUGAACAAAAAUUCAGAAGCAAAAUCACAGUCAAAAGGAAGCCAAAAAAUUUAAAUACCCUUCGACUUAAAGUUGGUCAUGAAGUCCUUAGGCAAAGAAAAAACUGGUGGAAAGACGAUCGUUUCCAGUCGCAAUGGAUUGGUUCUUGUAUUAUAGAUUACAUCACAGAUAAUGGCUGUGCAAUAUUAAGAGAUUCUACAGGAUCCAAGCUGAAAAGACCCAUCAAGAUGUGUCACCUCAAGCCAUACAUAAGAGGGUCCAGUGCAAAGGACAACCAUUACUUUCUGCACGGUGCAGUAGUUGUUGACCAUGACUAUAUUGGCUUCUCUGAAAGAUCUAAUAAUUCAAGCCAACCAGACUCUGUUACUGAAGGGGAAAUAAAUGCCUACAAAAGAGAUGUCAUGUCUGCUGUACAGAUUCCACCUGCAGCCUGCAAAGAGCAAGAAUCAGCCAAUGGUAAACAUGAAUCUGAGCUGAGAGAAGAUCGUUGCACUGAACCAAACACUGCAAAGCCAGAACAAUGGCCUUCACUUUGUUGGACCCUUCAGACCAAGAUAGAGGAUACUUAAGUGUAGUCUUCGGUCCCAUUUCAUUGCCAAGCAGUUUGGAACUACUGUGGCAGGGUCAAAAAAAGAAAGAAAAAAAUAUGCUCCAACUUCCUUAGCCCAAUCCACUUUCAUACUUUAUCAUACUGCAGGUAUCUACUGGUUAAUUUGUCUGGGUACUAAGAAAAAGUAUUAGUAAAGGCACAUAUUCUGAUCAUGCAUUUAAAUUUCAGAUUGCGUUGGUAAAAAGGCAUUGCCACUGUUGUCCUCUCAGGACAUGAUGCAUCGAUGCAUCGUUUCACUGUAAUGACCUUUUCCACUAAUCCUUAGAUGACUCAUUCCUAAUGUGUGCACGGAGAGAUUAAUUUAACCUAAGCAAUUUGGUGUAAAAUUUCCCCCACUACAGAGAAGCUCAUGUCAUCCCUUUCUUGUUUUAUAAUGUUUUCUAUUCUUUCUGGGAAGCUGCAACCUCUGGCUUUUACAACUUUUAAUUUUUAGUCUAAUCCAUUUAAGAUCUCACAAAACAAUAAAACUUGCAAAAUCAAAUACAGGUAGUGUUCUGUGCAUGAAACAGUGAGGGCUUCAGCUGUUCCAUGCUCAUCAAAGGUCUGCUAGACUAGGCAAUUUUAAUUGUAAAAAAAUCUUAAGGAUGUUUAAUAUUUAUUUGUGCUUCCCCCACAAAUACCUGUGUCUUCGUUUGAAAGACAGGUGUUUGCCAAUGAAGGCAGGGACCCCCCUUGGAGUGGUGGAUAGACCCCCCCUUACCCCCAAAUUAUUAAUAGCUUUGAAAAUCAUGGGCUUUCAGGCAAGAAUAUGGGUAAAAGGGAAUAACAGCUAUUUUAAUAUGUUUAACAAGGUGAAACAAGUAAUAGCAACGAUAGCAACGAACAACACAGCCACAAACACAGUGACAGCUUCACAAACAGACACACCCUCCCCUUUGGUGCAGUUACGGUCCCAGUCGGCAGGGGUGCUGGGCAGGCACAGUUGGCACAGUUGGUUCCCAGCUGGGCAGGGCAGGCACGAUGAUUCCCUGGCAGCUUCAGGGGACACUGUGAUGCAGGUCCUGGCUAGGUUCAGAUCUCCCACCUGGCAAAGGACAGGCAAAGGACAGGCACAAACCAGCAGAG